AUGAGUUCAGCGUACAGCCAGGCAGACGGCCAUCCCCUGGAUCCGCUGACCGCGAGCGAAAUCAAAACCGCCAUCAGCGUUAUUAGAGCCGAGCACGAUGAUGUCGCCUUUGUCAAUAUUGUAUCCCUUCACGAGCCACGGAAGGCCGAGAUGACCGCUUGGCUCGCGAAUCCAGGCAAGGCUCCCAAGCCCGCGCGCGUUGCGGACAUUGUGGUAAUCGCAACCGGCGGUCAAGUCUUCGACGGACUGGUGGACCUGCCAAAUCGCACUGUCAUCAAAUGGGAGCUCUUGGACGGACUGCAGCCCAUCAUCACCCUGGAGGAUCUGAACGCCGUUGAGCACGUCUGCCGCACAGACCCUAAAGUGAUUGAGCAGUGCGUACUAAGCGGCAUCCCCAAGGAAGACAUGCACAAAGUCUAUUGCGACCCAUGGACAAUCGGCUAUGACGAGCGCUUUGGGAAUCAAGUUCGCCUGCAACAGGCACUCAUGUACUACCGCCCUAAUAUCGAUGACUGCCAGUACCAGUUUCCCUUGGACUUCUGCCCGAUCUACGACGCAAACAAGCAGGCUAUUAUUGCCAUUGACGUUCCAAAGAUCAGACGGCCCCUGCGCAAGGCGAACAUUGAGCCUAUCAACUACCACCCAGCUGCUAUCAACAAGAUUGGCGGGUAUCGGAAGGACUUGAAGCCCAUCAACAUUACCCAGCCAGCAGGUGUUUCAUUCAACAUUACCGGACGUCAAAUCGAGUGGCAGAAUUGGAAGUUCCACAUCGGUUUCAAUUACCGGGAGGGCAUUGUUCUCAACGACAUUUCAUUUAACGACAGAGGGGAGGUUAGGCCCAUCUUCUACAGACUGUCCCUUGCUGAGAUGGUAGUACCCUACGGAAACCCUGAGCAUCCUCAUCAGCGGAAACAUGCCUUCGAUCUUGGCGAAUAUGGCGCCGGCUACAUGACCAACAGUCUGGCCUUAGGGUGUGACUGCAAGGGCGCGAUUCAUUACCUGGAUGCCGAGUUACCAACCAGGGACGGAGGAAUUCGCAACAUCAAGAACGCCAUCUGCAUUCACGAGGAGGAUGCUGGCAUUUUAUUCAAGCAUACUGAUUUCCGGGAUGAGUCAAGCAUUGUGACGCGAGCUCGGAAGCUGGUCAUUCAGCAGGUGUUUACCGCAGCCAACUACGAGUACGCAAUCCAGUGGAUAUUUCACCAAGACGGAACCAUUCAGCCAGAGAUCAAGCUCACGGGUAUCCUUAACACAUUUGUUAUGAAUCCUGGCGAGGAUACCCACGGCUGGGGCACCCAGGUUUACCCUGGUGUCAAUGCACAUAAUCAUCAGCAUUUGUUCUGCCUUCGAGUGGAUGCAAAUAUUGAUGGAUCCAACAACACAGUCUUCAUGGCUGAUGCUGUUGCUUCGGACGCGCCUGUUGGCAGCCCGGAGAACUUCUACGGCAAUGCUUUCUCAGCUCGGCGAACCAAGUUCAGCACUGUUGCUGACUCCAUGACGGAUUAUGACGGCAGCACGUCUAGGACUUGGGAGAUCUGCAACACGAACCGCCUCCAUCCAUACAGCGGGAAGCCCGCCAGCUACAAGCUAAUCAGUCGCGAGGUGCCGGGCCUUUUACCUAAGCCCGGAUCUCUGGUCUGGAAGCGUGGUGGUUUUGCAAGACAUGCCGUGCAUGUCACCAAGUAUGCCGAUGAUCAGCUCUGGCCAGCUGGGCGCCAUGUCCCCCAGACCUCAGGAGAGCGUUCACUCGGUCUUCCAGAAUGGGUAGGCGACGGCAACGAGUCAAUCGAGAACACAGAUAUCGUCCUAUGGCACACAUUUGGUGUCACUCAUAUUCCGGCACCGGAAGAUUUUCCCGUCAUGCCUGUUGAGCCUAUCACUCUGCUUCUCAAGCCUAGGAACUUUUUCCUGAACAGUCCUGUACUGGAUGUACCCCCCAGUUUCGCGAGUACCCCCAGCCAGGUUGCGGCGAACAACAGUGGGGUUUUGAAUGCCCCGGACACUACAAGCGAGCUUGCGUUCAAUGGUGACAACUGCUGCGGCCGUAGCACAACUUCAAAGCUAUAGACAGACAAGGCCACAAUAGAAUGCUCUUCAACC